CCUUGCCUUUGAAAAGGCUUGCCUAAUUCUUCCCUACACUCAUUUGGAGAGCGUGGCAGCAGCAAUGAACAGCAACACGUGCACCGCGACCGGCAGGGCAGGACUGAGCACUCUUUUCCCUCCCAGACGGAAAGAGGACUCUCUACACGACCAUGUAAUAGUCUUGAUCCAGCGGACGAAGAAUGACUUCUUCAGGGGGAUGGACGACGGGCAGCUGGCGAGUCUUCCGGACCACGUCAGGCCCCUUGUGCCGGUGACAGAGGAGGUCUACUGGGCAUUCGUCACCAAGAGUGUCCGGUGCCGAUGCCGUAAGCUUGUGUAUGCUUACGAAGCAGAGGAGGCGUGGGGCGACGAAUUCAGAGAGAAGCUGGACAAACCCAAACCAGAAGGUGGGUUUGGAACCCUAGAGGCCGUCCUGAAGGAAGCGGAGCGGCUGUGGCGAGAGAACAGCCCGGAUUAUCGGGGCGACCGGGCGGUAUCGCAGCCGGGGAAGCUCUCGGACGGCCGCGCCAACGUACGACGAACGAGGCUGCCGGAGGAGAGCGAAGCUGACUACAGGAGGCGGCUUCGGGAGAGGAGACAUGCUGCAGCCGUGAAGAGCAACAAAGAACGGGCGGCACGCCGACGGGAACAGUCCGUCGUCCUGUGGCAAACAGUACGACCAGCGAUCCACGCCCUCUGCAGCAGGCUCUCCGAGGAAGGGGCGGCGAGAAGAGAGCUUGAGGACGAGAGUGUGCAGCGGGAAAUAGCCCGUCACGUGGAGGGGUACACUCCACCACAGGACGAUACUUCAGCCCUCGCGGAUCUCAUCCUACUAGAGUAGAGGUGCAGCGCAAGC